CAGCAAGGGAGAGAAACAGGCUCAAAGAAGAGGAACACAACAGCAGUGCAACAGUGUUUCAGAAGAUUACUGUCAAUCCAGAAAUCAUGAUGAAGCUGUUCUGGCUGUUGCUGCUGCUGCUUGCUGAUUUCACCACUGCAGUCCAUUUGAAAACCUCAGGUAGAGAAGAGCAAACCACCUUGCAACCCACGCAGCAUCCCCACGCCUCAACCACAGGACCGAGCCCCACUGAGGCAAAGUCACGCUUCGCCAUGCUGGACGAUGUCCGGCUACUUGCAAACGGCCUCCUGCAGCUGGGCCAGAGUUUGCGGGAGUUCGUCCACAAGACCAAGGCCCAGAUCAACGACAUUUUUCAAAAGCUGAACAUUUUUGACCGCUCGUUCUACCAGCUCUCCGUUGUCACGUCAGAGAUCAAGGAGGAGGAGAUGGAGCUGAAGAAGACCACCAACUAUUUGAAGGCUAACAAUGAGGAGAUCAAGAACCUGUCGCUGGAGAUCAACUCCAAGAUCAACGGCAUCAUCCACGAGCGCACGAAGUUGCAGAGCAAGGUGGGGAACCUGGAGGAGAGGCUGAAGGGGCUGUCACAGAGCUUGGUCCCUGCUGAACAGCUCAGUGAAAUCACAACACUCAGGGAUGUGAUUGACGCACAAGAGAGAACGAUCACCAAUCUGCUGAAAGCUGUGAAAGAGCAGCACGAUCAACUUGACCACCAGAAGGUCAAGAUUAAAAACCUGGAGGAAAAGCUAAGCUAUGACAGUUUUCAAGAUACAGUCGAUAAGCCAGCGGAUUCAGACCCUGCAGCUCAGAAUAUGUUUGAGUAUCUGACAGUAAACUCAACUGGCCUGGACACAAACGACCUCCCCGUGGACUGCAGUGAGCUGUAUAGCAAAGGAGAGGCCAACAGUGGAGUCUAUGUUAUCAAGCCAAACCGAUCAGAGCCAUUCAACGUGUAUUGCGAAUUGGGUUCAGAUGGUGGCUCAACUGUCAUCCAGCACAGGAUCGAUGGCUCAGUGGAUUUUGACCAGACAUGGGAGAAAUAUGAGGAAGGUUUUGGAGACCUGGAAAAGGACUUCUGGCUGGGCUUGAAGAAGAUCCACAGUCUCGCCCAGCAGGGAGCUUCCAUCCUACGUAUUGAUUUGGAGGACUGGAAGGAGGAGAAGCACUGGGCUGAGUACAGCUUCUCAUUGGACGGUCGCUCAAAGGACUACACCCUUCACGUCAGCCAUUUCUCUGGAAGCCUGCCGAACGCCAUAGCCAACAUAACCGACACGAGAUUCUCCACUAAAGACAGAAAUAACAUGAGCCAGCAAAAGAACUUCUGCACUCGCAAUUACUCAGGUGGUUGGUGGUUCAAUGGCUGCGGAGAGACCAACCUCAAUGGAAGGUAUUUGUGGCUGAGGGCAAAGGGACGCUCUGCGAGGAGGAAGGGCAUUCACUGGAAGCCAGGCACCGGGCCCUCGUAUUCCCUCCGGAUGACCAAGAUCACUCUGCGACCAGCCCAAACUCCUAACACCUACAACUGAACCCCCCCGACUCAUACCGUCUGCUCUCUACCAACACUGCUGGCAUUUUUCAUAAACGUUAGUAAUAUGUUACGCUCAACCGAUAAUCUUCAUAGGGAAGGGAAAGCAAAGUAAAUCAGGCAUCAAACAAAGAUCUUGAUUUAUAUGCAACAUUAAGCAGAUUGCCUCCUGAUACCAUUCUGACACAGACUGGUGCAGAGUCUGACUGAACGAGCCAAAAAAUUGCAGAAAAUGCUGAACUGUCGCACUGUUGCAACAAAUGCCACAUAGGUCGUUAACCUAUUGGGUCUGAUCAAGCAGGGACAGUAGAAUCCUCAUGAUGCAACAUCUGCAAUCACUUGCAAAAUGGACAUAUUGAUCCAUAAUCAGCAGCCCGAUUUAGUGCCGGUUGCAAAAUGUCACAGGACAGCAUUUGGGGGAAAAUCUAUGGGGACUCGUUACAAUCUAGCUCUUAAACUGAGAUGACCUGGCCAUCUUUUUGUUUUGUGAAAUACUCAAAAGUUAUUUUUAUCUUUGUGAUGUGAAAACAUAAUGCAUGCUAAUUAUAUACUGAACAGCAGGUUUCUAGGACAACACAGCAACAGAAUGGUCCAUACUAAUGAAUGAGGGCCUUGCUUCACCUAAUACAAAAAGUGGACAUACAAACCUUGGGCAGCAUAUUACAAAACGUUUCCUUUUGUUUGUUCUAUGUUUUUAUUUUUUUUACUGUGUAAAGUAUUUAAACCAUGUUCAUGCUAUUAUAAGAUAUAUGCUGGUACUCAUUUCCAUGUAUUUCCUAUGUUAUUGAGUCAUAUUGACUCUUGUCCAUUCUUUCAACUCUACUGUAAAUGUACCUCAUCCUAACACGUAACCCUGACAAGUAGCAAUGUGCUAACGAGUCAUGUUGACAAAAUAAAAAUCAAUGUGGCCCAACACCUUUCCAACAUGACUGCAUUGGUGGUCUGAGCCAAAUAAUA